ACUCCAUAAUCUCCAUCUGCCCUAAUGCUGUCAUCUGGAGUAGAGACUCAGCCAGUUCCACUUGAUUCCUCCAUGUCUGCUGUGGUACAGGGAUUGCACUCUGAACUCUCAGUAAGUGUCUCCAAAGAGCUUUAUGCUGAGCAGGAGCCAAGUAUGAUUCCAGACAGAAAGCCUGGAGCCUCAAGCUCUCCUGUAAGUCAUGGCAGGGCAUCACCCCUGGGGUUGCAGAGGACUCAUGCAGAAGGUUGUUGUGAAGAAAGCUCUGAGACCUUGGAUUAUGGGGGCAAGACUGGGUGGUGUGGACUAGUGGACCCUACAAGAGAUCCUAUGGCUUGUGAGAUCUUGGCUAGGGAAGAGAGACCCAAGAGCAUGGAGCCAAAGGUCUUCAGAGAUCAAGGAGACCAGGCGCCAGUUUUCAGAGACCUAUGUGAGGGAGCAAAGGAAGACCUGUGCCAGCAUUCCACAGCUACUAAAGAAAAGAUCUGCCCCAGUCAGGAUCUCCUCCUGAGACAAUCCAGCAAAGGACCUGUAUGUGCAGAACUCGCUCGAGAUCCACAAAAGAACAGAGGAAAUGUACACAAUACAACUGGAACUCUGCCAGAACUCACAGAAGAGAGACAAGGGAACGGUACUGUUUCCAAAAUGAGCAAAGGGAAGAAAGAGUCAUGUGACUUACACCCUGUCUGUAAAGAAGAUGACAAUCACCAGCAGAGUCUCUGCCAUCGUAAGGAAAAGCACAGUUCUGCACAUGAUAGUGCUAUCGCCACAGGAAGCAUAGAUACUAUAAAACCCUCAGAAGAAAAUUCUAAACUUUUGUAUCUCACACCAUAUUUGUCUGGUCCAAAAUCCUUAGAAAAAUGUGUUUUUGAAAACAGUGGAUUGAUAAAGACAUCUGCUGAAAAAAUGCACAAGGUUGAUCAAAACAAGGACUUCACUUGUGGAGAAGAAAGGACUGUGGAAUCCAGUAACCACAACAACUGUCACACUCAUGCUGGUUGUCCUUGUACAGACAGCUGUAGUUCUAUGCUUAAUUCUUCUACUGAAGCCACAGAAAUUAUGUUUAAAAAAAAUGAUGUGAAAAUUACUUUGAACCUUCAUGGUAAUUUGAUAAACUCUGAGGACCAUAGAAAAACUGUUGUUGAUGUGACCCAUCCUGAGAAACACUCUGAGAAAAGCAGCUUUUCCUUAUUGGUGCAUAUUGAAGAGUCUGAACAAACAACUGUAAAGUCCAGUGCAUUAAAUGGGAAGAUUUACAGUAAAGAUGCUAAGUCAGUAGUCAGCAUCCAGAGAAAUCUGGAUGACUCUCUGCCAAAUAAAGCAUUAUGCAAUGAUUUUCUGUCUGAAAGAAAGCCCCUUCAGCAUUUGAUGCCAGAAGAUCCAGUAAGUUCUGAACGUAAUAAAAUAUCAAAACUCAAGAAAGGUACUGCAAAAUUACCACCAUCUCCAGAAAACCCUGUUCAGACCUCAUGUGACAGCAUCUCACAUUUCAAUGAACCCAUCAGCACCUGUGAGAUGAUUGGACGCUCUCCCAACAGAGAACUGAUUACACACAAAAUAGAACAAGAAUGUGUUCCACAUCAACAAGUGUCCCUUAGUUCUCAAGACCAUGUGACAACUAACUCUCUACUAAGUAUAAACAGAGAAAUGCCUUCAGCAACAUGCAAAGAUGUUCAGGAGAGCCAUCCUUCUCUGGAGAAUGGAGUAGAUGUUACCCCUGAUACUCAAACCAUUCCUGCUGAGACAAAAAUGGAAGCCAUGUCUCCACAAGGUGACAAAGCCUGUGGUGCCUCUACAUACAUACAAACCUUAAACAUCAAAACAAGAAGCUCAGAAGGGCAAAAAGAAAUGACUGGUGAACAUUCCAUGCUAUUCUCAAGUGUGAGAGGAGCAGCUGGCUAUUCCUUUGUCACGGAAUGUCAAAAUGCUCAGUCUCAGGGUGUCUUCAGCUGCCAAUGCAUAACACGAGAUGCAUCUGAAAAGAACAUGUGUUCUGCUUGUGUUGCCUAUGAACCUAGAAAAGAUAUUCUGAAAGUUAGCCACUGUAAAAUAACAUGUGGACAUGCAUCUCAGUAUGGUAAUCACUGCUUCCAAAGACCAGAAGAUUUUGUAGAAAAUAGCACGCUCUUGGAGAGUGAACCUGCUGGGAGAGAGAUGCAAAGCAGCAUCCUAGCAGGCACGGUCAGAAGUGCAAUGACAGCAGCUGUGUCACAUAGUGCUUCUGUGAACGCAGCUACUCACGUGGAAACCAGUGACAAAGCACUGGUUAGAAAGAAACAAGAUCAACACAAAGACACUGAAAUUUAUAAACACAGCAUCUCUGCUUGUGACACACAAGAACUAAAGCAAUCUGCAAACAUUCCAAGUCCUGAAACAUUAGUGGACCAGUCUCUGAGUGUUAUUUCAUCUCAUUUUAAAACCAUGUACCAGGCAGCUGGAAAUCUUCACCAGAAAGCAGAUGAAGUCUCUGACUGUCAGAGUAACCAAAAUAGUCUAGACAAAUGCAGAUGUGAAGGAAAGCCAGCCAGGGAAGGACUAAAUGGUGACUACGAGGAGACCAUCCCUGAGGUAAGCCACAAGCAAAAGGAUCUGAUAAUCAGUUCAGGCAGUAAAGUCCCUUUGUCUUGUAGUAGUUUAAAGAUAAAAGAUCCCAAAAGAGCCUUUGAAAAUAUUCCUGGUUCUGAAGAGUUCACACACAGUAUUCUUGAUGCCGUAUGUCCAGACUGCAUAGAUGAGCCUACAGAAGGAGUGCUGGGUGUGGAAGCAUCUAGUCUCUCUGGUCGUUGUACAAGGCAAGAUACACUGGCAUACCACGAGGCUUUAAGAAGUACCUCAUCUCUUCGAGGAGAACUGAAUGUUGUAUUUAAAGGUACACCUGGCUGGCACUCAGAACUCCCAAAUUCUGCUGCUUCUGCUACUGCUGCUGCUGCUUCAGUAGACUCUCCUGAAAUACAAAAGUCACGUAAAGAAAAAGUAUCCAUAUCUUUAAAAGACUAUGAAAUAGGAGAAUGUCCAGACUCUGCCAUUGAUCAUGAAGUAAAAGCUGUUGCAGAUCAUGAACCAAGUAUAAGAGCACUGGAUAGAAGAGGUGUAUCUUUAAAUUACAUUCAUUGUGAACAUCAAGGUGAAGGAGGAUCCGUGACAGAAGGACUGAGACUUGAAGCAAAUUCGGAGUUUGACAAGAAGAAAAUUUUUGGGUUAUCCUUAAAAGACUCAAUGUCUCCUGGGUGCCAAGACUCUAUCAAGAUGGUGUGUUCUUGUCUGUCUUCUCAGGAACAUUUACCAGCUGAUGUUCAUGAUGAAAUGCCUAACUCAAAACAUCACUUUAAACCCAAAGAUGAUGAAAUGCUUUGUGAACAUGUCAAGGAUUGCACAGUCCUGUCUGACAUGAAGGAAGGAAUACCAAUGGAUUUAAGUAACCCUAGUGAAGGAGAUGGCACAUACAUCAGUGUGGACAAAAAUGUUUGUAAAGCUUGUCACUCUCAUAAGAAUUCCAUUGAUAAACAUUUGCCUGUGAAAAUGGGAACAGCAAUUAAACUGGAUAAAGUAGAAACUGAAGAAAAUCAGAAGGGACUGUUGGGUCACAUACCUGUCGGGGAAGCAUCUGAGGAGACCAUCACCAGAGAAGGUCAUGAUGGUAAUUCUCAGAGCCACUUGAAAUGCCAGAGAGUACAAAAUGUUACUGAAACCCCGCAAAACCAGGGAGCUGUGGACUAUGCCUUGCCAAAGGAAGAAUGUACACAUCAAAAGGGCACACAUGCACUGUUGGAACAACACACGUCAUCAAACACAUCAGAUGAGAUACAAAAUAAAAACCAACCUGUGACUGACCAAGAUGAGUCCAUCAUGAUGGAAAAAGUCACCCUAAGAAAGCCAUCCAAGGACAAAAUUGCUAGACAGCUUCAGAGAUCAAAAUACCCAAAAGAAGAAAGCUUAUGUCAUUCAUUAAAGAAAGACAUUGAGUUAUGCACAGGUACUUGCCUUCCUGGUGCCUCCUGGAAAGAACACGACCCCAGCUUUGCUGGAGGUGACCGAAUACACGGUGCCUUUGUGACUCUGUCAUAUCAGCCAAGAUUGCUUCCUCAUCGAACAUGUAAGAGAGUUUCCUGUCAGGAGCCGGUUAUUGUGCGGAGAAAAAUAAGUAAAGUGAGAAAUUCUGAUUGUGGAAAGAGUUUCUCUAACCCAGUCCCCACAAAAGCACACAGACUUCUCAGCCCAUGUACCGUGCCUGCCAAGCCAUUGGAACCUGAAACCGUAGCUAGCGAGAGCUUGUGUAGCCACAUACCAAAGCCGAAGGCUACUCUGUGCCAUUCCUUGAGGAGCCUGAGUUAUAGGAAGCCUACCAAAGAAUCAGCCUUACUAAACAAGCUGUCUGUCCUUGCCUCCAAACUGACUCUGGCAACAAAGCCCCAGAAACUCAGAUAUCGGCGAUAUUCCUCCUCCCUUGUUCCUUUGGCUAAAAACUAUAAGCGCCUCAGAUAUAAAAAGCUCCUAGAUGGAUUUUCACAUAAUGCAAUGCAGCUGGACCCAUAUUUGGCAGUUACUGGGUGGAAUAGGGGGUCUAACAGUAGGCCCUUGGCACUUUAUUCUCUUGAAGCUGUUAAAAUGAGCUUCAUAGAUUUGAGCAACAAGAUGCCGUCACUGCUGUUUGGUACCGAAAACAUCCCAUUUUCCUUUCAUGUGAAAUCAGCAACCAGUUGCAUGGCUGAGUCCUCCAGGACUUUUCCUGAGCACUGUGCUCCAUCAAGGCUUGCCUUAACAGAGGCCUCCCAGUGCUCAACUCCAUCUCCCAAGUGGACCUUCUCUUUUUUCUUGUCCCACAUUUGCCCUGGGAUGGCCACAUUCAGGGAAGACACUGGCCUCAGUAGUCAGACACACACUCAGGCUCCUCUCCGAGAUUAUGGAGGCACUGCCAUAGUUGAGACCAGAGCAAACUGCUCUAGCCUUGGCCUUCACACACUUCUAGCACUUUGUUCACCCGGAUGUUACCGAAUCUGGACAAAAAGACGGAACUUCUCCAGUCAUAUGCCUAUCAUGCAGAGGCUCUUCUUGACCCAGUUUACACAGGGCCUAAAAGGGUUAAGGUCUCCAGCCUCUAUAGCAGAUAAGGUCUUCUGUUCUCUGCCCUACUCUGUGGGCCGAGUGUUGUCCAUUUGGAGCCAGCACGGGCCCUCUUGUACCUUCAAAUUGCCAGCUCUUCAUUCCACUCAUAGCAAGCAGCAGGGGAGCCUGAGCAUCCUGAGCAGCCACACCACCAUACCAAAUGUGCCUCUUCCAGGCAUGGAAGCUGUCCACAACACCAACAGCAGUCACCUGAGGCUAGAGCCUGUGUUUCCUGCCUUGGUGCCAAAGUCUUGCUUGGUAACAGAACCUGCUGUCAGCACGCUCUUGCUCUCGGCCCCUGAGCUCCCAGUUCCUGGGUUUGAUGAGCUGGAUGGUGUGUCUGCAGCUUGCCCCCGACCACAGAGCAGCCCUGCACAGCAGAAAGAGGCUGAGCCAGAGAAGAGACCAAAGAAAGUCUCACAGAUCCGCAUCCGGAAAACCAUUCCUAAACCAGAUCCCAACCUUACCCCAAUGGGCCUGCCUCGGCCCAAAAGGUUAAAGAAAAAGGAGUUUAGUUUAGAGGAAAUCUAUACAAACAAGAAUUACAAGUCUCCUCCUGCGAGCAGGUGUUUAGAGACCAUCUUUGAGGAACCCAAAGAACGAAAUGGUACCCUGAUCUCUGUCAGCCAGCAGAAAAGGAAGCGUGUUCUGGAAUUCCAGGAUUUUACAGUCCCUCGAAAGAGACGAGCUCGAGGUAAGGUGAAGUUGGCCGGCAGCUUCACCAGGGCCCAGAAGGCGGCGCUGCAGAGUCGAGAGCUGGAUGCUCUUCUGAUCCAGAAGCUGAUGGAACUGGAGACCUUUUUUGCCAAGGAGGAGGAACAGGAGCAUCAGCCAACUGCUGAGAAUAGUUCUGGGUCUUCAUUUUGAACUUUUGCAGACCUCACUGGAAGAGGUUCCCUGAUUUUAAGCCCUGUGCCCAAACCACUCACGAUGCCCAGCCCAUGAAUUUUUACUUAUUUCAAGGUGCAGCCUUUUUAGAAGCUGGUGAAGAAGGGCCCUCUAGUUCUCCUGCUGAGUAUAGAGCCUCAGGAAUGCUCCCUUUCUCCUGGGAAUGGUCCUGAGUGACGUCAGGCCACCUCCUUCCCAUCUCCCGUCACAGGUGGAAAAGCCACACAUCUUAAGCAACACUAGGAAUCUAAGGACUCGGGGUCUGUGCGUCCACAGGAAAGCUCCUCUCCGUUUAUGGUGCUGCUCGCCCAAGAUGAUUUAGAAACCUGGCCUGGGGGAGGACCUGGCUACCUGGCCUGUGUGUCCUCACCAGCUUGUUUUGGUGACUGAAAAAGAUGAACUGGUGUGUUUCCUGACUUUGAUUUUGUCUGCCCAGGACCUUUAUUCUGAGAGAAUGUGUGUUUGUAUGUGUUUAUGGCUUUUCCCCAUCUUUUCUCCCAUCUGUGACUGCGGGUCACUAGUGCCAGAGGAGCCCGUCCAGGCCCCAAUGUAAGUUGCACUUUUUAAUGUUAUGGUGUUGAUUAUUUUCAUUUUUUUCUUUUUUGUUUUUAUAUUAUUGCUGCAUGUUUGGGGUCUCUUAAUGUGAUUUUAAACCAUUUUGUAAGACAUUAAGGAGAAAGACAACGCAUGUCUUAGGAGAAUAUGUGACAGGCAUUGACCGGCACAUGGAGGGGCAGUGUUCCCAUUCAUGUGUUCUAGGCAGCCCCUCCCCCUCCAGCUUUUCACAUAGCUCACUAGAGGAAGCACUUUUUCACCCUCCUUCUCAGUCCUGCCCACUGAAUACAUAUAUUUGUUUAGUUAUAUACAUAAAAGUAGAUUUCUUUUUAUAACCACUUAAAAACUGUUAAGGUGGAGUGUGGUUUUCUCUGAAAUGUUGGUGUGUGAUGAAGUUAGGAGCAGUGGUGUUAGAGGCUGGCCAAGAGCAUCUUCAGCUGCUUGAGUGCCUGGUUCUGCAAAAUGCCAGAGCCAGCACUCUCAGAGAGUGCCUCAUGUACUCUGAUCUCUUGUAAAACCUAUUGGAAAUGUUUGCAUGCUAGAAGUAGCACAGUUUCUAGGUUUGUGCCCAGAGGGAUCUGCAGACAGUAGGCUGACGUUGUCUGAGCAGCAGGCCCUCAGAGCUUACCCUCCCACUGUGUCCUCACUGUGCUCCCUCCUCUCCUUGUGUUUUCUCAUCCCAGUAUCUCUCCCAUUCAUUCUUCACACCUAGCACUCAGAAUUCAGAGAGUCCGAAUUGCUUGGCUGAUGGGUAAGAUGCUCAGGCUAGCUGCUGACCAGUGGUCAUUUCUUUCCAUUCUCCUAACCUGUCCAGGGACAUUUCCCUGUCUGUCUGUAGAGAAGAGUGAGCAGUGCUGUUCUGGAAUGUUGGCCAAUGCUCCUAGGAUUGUUUCAUUCCCCAUUUGUCAGUGACUAGGGAGGAGGGGUGCCAGUUCGGGGUCUUAAUGUGCCUUUCCUUUGCAGGUCGGUGGUCUGGGCUACCCUGAAACAGUAAACUGGAUAUGAACAGGGGGACACAUACCAUGUCCUCCACCUCCUCAGCUGUUUAAAUAAGUUAACACACAACUGCUUUUCUGUGGAGACUUGAAGGUCAUUUUAUGUAACAGAACAGAGCAGGCUAGAUUGCAUGCUGGCCCUCAGCAGUGAUGCAGAUCCUGUUUUACACAUGCUGCCCAGGCCACACACAUGUGACCUGUGUUCACUUGAAUAUCUCUUCCUUGUUGGGGCAGGAUGUUUAGUUACUCAGUGCUUCUGAACUCUGUGUUGUCACUACAGGGAAUGGAAUGAGUUACACAUUGUGCCCUUCUACAAAUACAUCUAAGACAUCGUACAUUAGACAGCUUGCAAGCUAGUGGGCAGUAAAUAACCAUUUGUCAGUCUCACCACCACCGUCACUGGGGCAUCCAGAUCAACCAAGAGACAACAGGUGAGGUAUGCACAGCAGGGGCACCACCAGCAUAUAGACCUUCAGAAUUUGUCCCUGACCAAUGUGGCAUGUGAAAGGCUGGAAACACUGGUCUGGACUGUUAGCAUCUUGGAGCACAGGACUAGAGAGCCCCAACUCCAUCCUUAUCCUGAGAAUGGAGGAGAAAAACUGCCCCAAGGCCAGCUUGGCCUGCCCUCUGGCAAUGGCUGUUCUGCUUCAGAACUAAGAGACUCAGCCACACCUGUCUUAUCAUUAUGUUUCACAUCGGUCAGGCAUCCUCAGGAACACCUUAGUGUCCUCUGAACCUGUGGUCUCUGACCAUGACUGGAGGUAGUGGCUGCUGGCAUGUCACCUGCCAAAACUAUAGAUUGGUUCUGUAAUGGGAAUUGGUAGAGUUUCUGAGCAUGGGGAUUUCCCACCCAAGUGAAGAGAAGCUGCCAUUAAGCACAAUGCACUUAGCUGUAGCUCACCUCCAGAAGUUUAGUGCUUUAAUGGUCCAGCCAGAUGUCAGCCGUUUCCUUGGCCACCUUUCUGUUUCUCUCUCGAGCAGCCUUCUCCCUCACUAGUGCCUGUCUUCUUUUCCUCCCCUGUUGUCCCUUCCUGCCUCUCUCCAUCCAUCUAAAUGUACCUCAUUGCCCGUUAAAGCAGAUUGUCUGUCUUCCUGCUGCCCUUACUGUAAGAGCUGACCAGGAGGGAGGUGCAGUGGGAAGAGAUGUAGCUUUUGCCUUACUCGAGCCUGAAGCGCUCAGAAACUCAUGCUGUGAAUCCUAAACUUUGUGCUUCUCCAAGAGCUGUGAAAAUCAUGACUUUUUUUUCCCCCACAAUUUUGCCUGAAAGGGUCUUUUGUGAGGGCUCCAGAGCCAACCUGAGGUCACUUCUAGAUCCCACACUCUGGGCAUUCUUCCCCUGGGUGUCUCCCUGUCCACCAGGCUAUGAGCAGCAGCAAGUCUGCAGGGCUAUGGCAGCAGGUCCAGGGCUGCAGUGCAGCCAAGCGGACACAGCCCUCGAUCUCCCCAGGCUGGGGCUCCAUCUCCUCUAUACUAUGUGCAUUAAGAUCUGUGCAAGACCAACUUUUAGGUCGUGAUACUUUCCUCCUGGUACCUGGGGGGAGGGGAGUAUGCAGUUGGUGCUUUCUUUAAUAUCUUUGGUUUGUUUCUAUAGCUUUUCCCCUGGUAUCAUGAAAAGAGCCUUUUUAAUGACCACGUUGUGGGUGGCUGUAUCCAAAGUAUAAAUAAUUGGCCAGAGGUAUGGAAUGUCCUCACCUGAAUACCUGUCAGGAGAGGGCUCCUUUCCUGGACUGAACUUCUGUAUAGAACUGACUGGCUAGGAAGGAGACUUAAACUUUGUUCAAAUCACAAUUAAUUAAUAUUCCAAGUUAGCUGCACUUUGACCAGCAAAAGCUAUCUUGGUUGUGAAGCUGGGGUCCUCAUUUAGCCGCCAUCCAGCCCAGCAUGCUAAACUCUGAAGCUUCUUCUGUCUUUAAGACUGGUGUUGGUUGGAUUUUAAUUCUCAACAAGAGACCCCCUUGAGCUAGGAUCUGGGCCAGUAAGUUGCUGUCCCAAGUGUUCCUGUGUUAUCAUGGCUAAUAGUUCAGUGAAGUGUGUCCAUCUUUGGUAAUGCUAGUGUACAUGAUACCCUACAGUUUCUUUUCUGUUUGAUAGUUUGUGACUCUAAAUGCCCACUGUUACAGUAAUUAAUUUAUGGAAAUAAAUUUUUCUUGAAAACCAUUCA